AUGGCCCUCGAUGCCGAGGAUGCCACUGCCUUGGGCUACCUCUUCAGUAAUGUGAGCUUUCCAGGGGCGUCGUCUGUCGCUCCGCUCCGUUGCACGCGCGCCACACCCGCCGGGGCGCCGCUCUUCGCGAUCCCCUGGGCCAAGUGUUGGACCCAAGAGGCAGCCGAGCGCUGUCCAGAAGUGGAGGCUGCGUUGACGGUCGCAGGGCGAAGGAAUCCCAGCUGCGAGCUGCUGCACCGCAGCUCCACUUGGAUCGUUCUACACCUCCUCUUUGAGUCCCAGACUACACCUGCACCUGUGCAGCACGUGCUUCGCGUGACCGAGACUGGGGCGCAGCCAUUGAUGUUCUGGGCCGAGGAGGAGUUGCAAGAGCUGCGAGGAAGCUACUGGCACCAAGAGGCGCUGCGACGGAAGGAGCAGCUGCGCUUGGAGUACUUGGAGCUCCAAGAGGAGCUGGGAGACGAAGUGAGUCAACGUUUGGGCCUCUCGGCAUCAGGCUUUCUGAAGGCUCACAUGGCCCUCUUGCUGGCUGGCCUGGACUUUGGUGACAAAGGCUUCGUCCUCCUCCCCGGCCUCCAAGGCACCCCGAGCAGCACCAGCCAGACCACGAAAAGGACCGAACUCAGCGCUGAUGAGCUGAGCGCGGCUCAGGGGCUGCAGCUGCUGCCGAUGCCAGGCUGCGGUCCUGUGCUGGUGGCGACUGCCCGGACGAGCUACGCUGCCGGCGAUCUGGUGGAGAUCUUUCAUCGCGGCCAAUGCCUGGGGUCAGGCUGCAGCCUGGCGACCUUCGGGUCCUUGCCGUGGUGCAGCGCUUGGGAGGAGGUCAUCGUCACGCUCCGCCUAGGUCCGGAGGUCCUGGAGAUGGGCGCGGUGGAUUUUGCGCAAACGGCGGGGCAGCUGGAGGAGGCGUUGCAGAGGGAUCUGCGCGAGCGGCCGCCGGUGCAGCGAGCAGGACUGCCGCUCCGCCCGUCGCCCUUGGGCACUGGCGCCGUGGUGCGGCGGGAGGGCGAGGACGGCGCUUGGGAGGUGCGAGUGAGCCUGGAUCUCCAGGGUCCCAGCAGCCGAAGUUUGCAACUCUUGGGGCUUCUGUCUUUGAUGGAUCUGAAGAAACGCAAGGACAUGAUGAUGCUGGAAUGCGCCUGGGAUGAUGUCAUGGGAGAAGCCGCCUGUGAACACCGUGGGCGACGAGUCCUGGAAGAGGCCAUUCGGAGGACCUUGGAACAGCUUCCGAGACCCUCUCUGGCCCGAGCGACGGCGACGGAACGGGAGUCGAUGUGCAUUCAGCUCCUGGAGAAUGAGAGGAAGGAAUUGGCCGAAUGA